AUGCUACGCCAACAGAAACGCAAAUCCAGGAUUUCAAGUAUUAAAACAUGUGACAAGACAUUACAUAAGGAUGACCCCGCAAUUGCACAGGCUUUCCAUGACUUCUACUCCGAAUUAUACAAUAUUAAUACAGCAGAUCCUGAAAGAACUAAACAAGACAAAAGUAAACUUACCUCUGACUUCCUAGGUAAACUUAACCUUCCCAAUAUCAGUGAAGACCACAAGCUAAGACUAUGUGCCCCUAUUUCUGAAGGAGAGGCCAUGUUCCGACCAAAUAUUUCCAUGAUUACUAAAAUCCAUUUGUUAGGAUUUAAAAGCUCACAAAAUCAAAAUUACAUUCUCUUUACCAUUUUCCUUAUUGUCUACUGUCUGACGUUAUGUGGAAACCUCCUCAUGGUAACCCUGGUGACACACAUCAGAGAACUUCACCAGCCCAUGUACUUUUUCCUCACACAACUGUCUAUAGCUGACGUCUUACUGACCACAGUCAUUGUCCCUAGUCUGCUCCAUGUUCUACUGCAUAAAGUUGGGAUCAUUUCCUUUGACGCCUGCAUUGCCCAGUUAUUUAUAUUUGCCUUCUGCGAAGGUUCAGAGUGUUUUCUUCUGACAGUAAUGUCUUAUGACAGGUAUUUGGCCAUCUGUAACCCAUUACGUUAUACCACCAUCAUGAAUCAAAAUUUGUGCCUGAAGCUGAUCGUCAUCAGUUGGUUGCUGGGUUUCUCUUUGUCGACGGUUGAAAUUACAUCAACAUCCUUGCUAGAAUUUUGUGGACCAAACACAAUCGACCAUUUUUUCUGUGAUAUGCCUCCAGUACUCGAGCUAUCGUGUUCAGAUACCAGUGGUGUCCAGUUGGAAAUUAUAUUAAUAGCUGGACCAGUUCUUUUCAGUGCUUUCAUAAUAAUUAUCAUGUCCUAUAGUUGUAUCAUUAUUGUCAUUCUAAAGAUUCCUUCAUCUACUGGUAGACAGAAAGCCUUCUCCACCUGUAGCUCACACCUCACUGUGGUCUUCAUAUUCUGUGGAACUUUAUUUGGUGUUUAUAUACUUCCAACCAAAGGAAAAUUACUGAAUAUGAAAAAGUUUUUGUCAUUGCUAUACACUGUUGGGACCCCAUUGAUAAAUCCAGUGAUAUACAGCUUAAGAAACUCACACAUCAUUAAAGCAUUUGGGACAUUUAAAAGUCAAUUCUCGUAG